AUGGAUCAAGAAAAUUCGGACAAUUUUUUUCAGUCGAUAUUUGCCAAUGUUGCUGGUAAUUUAGAACCAGCACCACAUACACUGAGACAACGACGGUGGCGUGCUAAUCGCAAAAUUAGACCUUAUCCAGCUGAAUUAUCUUCGCUGAUUCCACCUGUUGAACCUAUUAAUGAAGAAGACCUACAUUCAUCAUUAGUUGAUGAAAAUUACGAAAAUAAUUUAUAUGAUGAAUAUUUAGAAAAUAAUCCAUAUGGUGAUGAAUAUUUAGAAGCUGAUACACUUGAAGAUGACUAUGAUUUUAGUCUGAAUCAAAUUGGUAUUGAAUCAAAUGAAAAAUUUAUUGAAGAAGAAUUAGACCAACCAUUAUAUGAUGGUGCGCCCGUUUCUAUUAAAUGUUAUCAUAAACAAAUAGUCGACUUUGGAAAUUUAGUUCAAUUGACUGAUUCCAACAUGAACAAGCUAUUGAAGUUGAUUAGAAACGCUUUACCAUUUAAAAAUAAAUUAUUAAAAUCAUAUAAAAAAGUUGUUUCCCUUUUUCAAAAAAAAUCAUCAUUUAAUGAAGUAUUACGAUGUACCAGCUGUUUAGAAAUUAUUAAUAAUAAUUAUUGCUCUAUUAUUUGUGAACGAAAUUAUUCUCAACGACUAGUUGGUGAUGUUAUUGAACAUUUCUCUACUGAUCGAUCAAACACACAAUUAAUUGAUGUAAUUCGUAGAAACAAGCAGUUAAUAUUAACUUAUCCACAACUUGUUGAUAAAUUAUUACAGUGUGACGUUAUGACACAAUUAAUAUACAAGGAGAAACGAAAAGAACUUCAAGCAGCAUCCAACGACACUUAUCCUAUUACGCUCAUGUUACAUAUAGAUAGUACUCCUAUUGUUCAUUGGAGUAGAAAGCACACGUGGUUUGUAACAGCCUCUAUAGUUGAAAUUCCACCACCACUAAGAGAAAAUCAUUUAAAUCUAUUAUUAUUAUCUAUAUGGAAUGCGCCAAUCAAGCCAGAUGUAGAUUUAUUGUUAAUGGAUAUUUGUGACACAAUUAAACAAGUUUUAUUUGUGGAUGAUAUGAAAUUUUCAAUCGAUGUGUUAUUGUUUAAAGCAGAUUUACCAGCUCGUGCUUUAGCAACCAAACAUGUUCAUCACAAUGGCUAUUAUGCGUGUUUGGAGUGUGAUCAACAAGGUGUGUGGUGUGAUGAAGGUCGAUUUGUUGCAUAUCCAUACAUUCAAUCUGCGAUAAACCUUCGUACAUCAGCACAUUUAGAUAUGUGUGCUAAGUUACUUUCUCAACAAUCAUCGGGUGGAAAUUAUUGUGGUGUGAAAGGUAUUAGUCCGUUGACAAAAAUAUUAGAUAUUCCAACCCAAAUAGAUCUUGAUUCUAUGCAUCUAUGUUUCAUUGGGCAUUGUUCUUUACUUUUAUCAAAAUGGGAGAAGAUGAUUGUUAAAGAAGCUUGGUUAUCAGGUAAUGAAUUUUUAAGUAAAACUAAAUGGCCACACAAUUUUAAUGUUGAAUUGCGUACUUUCUCUGAUCGAACAUACUGGAAGGCGCAUGACUAUCGUGCAUUUUUUCUUUACUUAAUGUUUCCAUUUGUCUUUUCGUUUCUUCCUGAACAUAUUUCUUCUCAUUUCUCCUUAUAUUUUGUAUUUCUUCGCACUUUAUAUUUCUACCAUGACUUACAGGAAGUCAUGGAAGUUGAAUCACUUAUAAAAACGUAUUGUGAACAUGCGUUAUCUAUUUAUGGCCCCACUUUUUAUUUAUAUUCAACACAUGCGCAUUUACAUUUAGUAGAAAAGAUUUUAAUUAUCAUGUACGAUUCCCCAUUGAUCAACGAUAACAAUGAAAAUAUAGAACAACGAUUAUCACAAGAAUAUCCUGCUCAAUCAUAUCAUGAAAUGCAACCAGUAUCUAUUGUAUCAAUACCUCAAUCAAGAAACGAUAUCAAUCGUCAUUCACUAUCAUUGCGUGUAUGCGAUACUAGAUUUGAUAAUCAUCGAUCUGCAACUCAAUCAUCUUCUGCGAUAUUCAAUUCUGCCACAACAAGUAAUGUAGCACCCGUUACAUCAGCACAGUUACCGGCCAAAAAACGACGAACUGCUCCUGGUGUGUUAGUUGCUCCGUCAACAGCACCACUUCCUCGUAAAAGAUUUAAUCCAGCUAUUCAAAGCACAGCUGCAUCACUUAUGCGUAAUUUUGUUCCAGGUGAAACUACAGUUAGUUCAAACGUAGUGGCUGAAAAUACAAGAUCCAUUUCCGAAACAACACAAAAUGGAUUCAAUCAAACAAUGAAGCCAUUGAUAAAGCUAUGUGAAGAAACAAACCAAUUAAUGAAAGACAUGUUGAAACAAACAACGGAACAAACACGCUUAAUGAACGAAUUAAUAAAUUUUCCACGUGAAUUACAAAAAACAACUCAACAACUAUCUCACAUUGUACAUAUGCAAGCCAAGGUAUCACAGGCACGACAGAACAACAAUGAUGAUGAUCAAGUAGUUGAAUUAAAUGGAAUCAAUAUAAGUCAUGUUUCACGUGGUUCUUCUUUAAAUGCAACAGCUAGAAGUUUAAUUCGUGCUGCAUACGGUGAAAGUGCAUCAUUUAACAAUUUAGCACCAGGAGAAUUUGAUCUCUUAUUGGGUUUCAUUGCUCAUAUUCAUGGAUUACAUGCCGUCGCUGUCUUUGCCGAUAGUCACUCGAUCAAAAAUUCUUUACAACAAAUGAAGCAUGAUAUCAACAAAAAAAGUUCAUCAAGUUAUUCGUCAGUGGCUGCAUCGAAACAAAGAACUUCGACCACUAUUGAAACACCAUCCAUUUUUCAUGAGGAUGAUGAUGAUGACGACGACGACGACGACCACAACGACAAAUUUUAA